CAUUGCGCUCCAGACACUCAACGCUCCCAAGUGCUCGCGACCACUGGACUUUAUAGUAGGCUAUAAUAGUAAACAAACCGGUAUUCGUUGUAAAGCAACCGCUGGAGUGAGAUAAAUCUCAUAAGAAUCAAACAUUUGCAGAGUUUGAAUCUUCUAUAACGCACUCGUAUCUCAGAUGUCUUCAAACAUGACCAUCAUAUCGGAUGGCGGUGAUGUUCUUGAUGGAGAUAUGCGUUCUGGCACUUCAUGACAAAAGACAUCCAACUCUUUCAGUGUCAGAUCACCGGAGAGAAGAGCGCAGGAUGAAAAGCACUAGCUUACUAUUGGGUUACUUUUUGAUGAAAGUUCUCGUGUGCGACGCAGCGGGGGAACCCGGGAAGAACCUGGAUGGUUUGGUGACGACGUCGGGGUCUAACGGCUCCCGAGACGGAGAAAACGGUCUCUCCGAGACCCCUCACACGGAGGACAGGUGUCGGGGUUAUUAUGAUGUGAUGGGUCAGUGGGAUCCCCCGUUCGUGUGCCGGACAGGCAGUUACCUGUACUGCUGCGGGACCUGUGGCUUCAGGUUCUGCUGUGAGUUUAAAAACUCCAGGUUAGAUCAGACCACCUGCAAAAACUACGACACGCCACCGUGGUCCAUGACGGGCAGACCACCGCCGAAGAUAAUGGACCAACACGAUCCGACUAAGGAUAAAACUAAUUUGAUUGUGUACAUCAUAUGCGGAGUAGUUGCGAUCAUGGCGUUGGUUGGGAUAUUCACUAAACUCGGCUUGGAGAAGGCGCACCGACCACACAGGGAGAACAUGUCCAGAGCCCUGGCCCAGGUGAUGCGCCAGACCGCUCCAGGAGAACACACAGAGAGGGAGGAGAGUAUGGCUGUGCAUGGACAACACUUUGAGAACAUGCAGGCCAGAGCAACAGGAAACAACUUACAGGGUGCCCAGAUGAACAGUGUGGUACCAGGUUCAUCUCUGAUGCAAACCAUGACGCAGUAUCCUGCCCUUGGACAGGUAGCCCACCCAUAUGAGGCAUGUCAAGCUGGAAAGGAGCAUAACAAGUACGCCUCACUCAAGGCUGUUGCUGAAAAAGCCCACGAAAACUUCUACACUAACAGACGGCACUUGACCGACCUGGCAGCGAAAGGCACUCUUCCCCUGCACUCUGUGAGCCUGGAGCAGGAGCCCACCAACCCGUACAGCCCAGAGCUACCCUGCCAAAAACAGAACGGACACAAGUCCAAAAGCACCAAGGUUCACAGCUCCCACCCGCUGGCUUUUGGCUCCAACACCAUCGCCAACCCCGGCAUGCUGAAGGGCUGGGAGGCGACAGAGACACUGGGCCGCCGGCAAACGUAUGGCCCCCCAAAACAUGGCGCCACCGUGGAACAAAUGAACGAGCUGACGUCCACUCACAGCCAACAUUACCUGCCGCCACAUCCUUACUUUGUCACCAACAGCAAGACUGAGGUGACCGUGUGAAAGGGGCCACAACUUUAGGGUUUCUCGAGCCUAGCUCUGAGUGAUUGCGUGAAAUGGAGAAUGAGGAUAACAGAGCAAGCGUGACGGAGGAAGAAGUGUGGAUUAGGACCGUGUCCUGCUGGAAAGUUUGGCCGAACGGUUUGGCUCAAGAUUUGGCCCAUUCUCUGUUGGCUGUCUAUUUGCUGUUUGUCUUUGAAUGGUGGUGCAUGGAACAGGCAUGCACUGGACGUCUGCCUCAUUUCAAGGGGAAAGUGUAACAUUAUUUCAAUGGUACUCUUUCUGUGUCCUAUCCGUUACAGUGCAAAUUAAUAAUCUGACCUGUAGAGAUGAGAUUAUUUCACAGGUCCUUCCAUCAAAGUGAUGAGAAACAAAUGAGACAUUCAAUGCAAUCAAACAUACAUUCAGCAUCAAGGUGGGACUGCUAUCAUUCCAUGAAACAAAUAUUUCUCAACAACACCUAUUGAACCUGAAACUUGUGCAGCUCUGGUGAAAAAAAAAACAGUGGCUCGUGGUACAGUGUCCUCAAGAUACUUAGUUUUUCUCAGAAUCUUGUACAUAACAGAACGUUACUAAGGACAUAUAAGCUUCCUCGGAUAGUCAAAGAACAUAUAAUAAUCAGUCUGGAAGAUAAAAGAUGAUAUAAGACAAUCGUGUCCUAGAUGUUCUCAAAGACUUUCCAGAGCACUUGCACCAAAAACCUCCUGUAGCAAUUUAACAUGCUAUAUUCUGACAAACACUGGGCUUGUGCCUUUCCAAAAAGAAAAUAACUCCUUAUUUAAGAGCUCUUGUGCUUCUCAGCACAUGGUGUUUUUUCAAUUACAAAGAUGCAUAAAAUAUAAACAAAUCUUUUGUUUACUGCUGUCAUAUUUCAGUAGAAAAUGUUGAUUGUCAGUGUUUUUAUACCCUCUGUUGAACCAUUUUUCUUUGAUGUGUUCGCAUAUCUGUUAGUUAGUUAGUGCAGCCGUAUAUGGUAAAAUCUGAAGAAAGAAGGGUUAAUUAUAAGCAUUUAUUAUUUUUCAAUGUUAGCUAAGAUAAAUGUGAAAGGCUACUUUUUUAUGUGAUACCCAACAUAAUUGUUGCAAUUACGACACUGCCAUCUUGCAUUUCCAAUCUGUUUGGUUCGAAUUGAGUAGUUUCUUUUUUUAAUCUUUAUUAUACUGUGAACCAUUUCAGUUAGCAUAAGAGAAACAAGCCUCUAGUCUCUGAAAGUAGUCGCACAUCGAACUAGCUGUAUUACAUUCUGUAGUGGUGCUUUUUGACAUCCACACCCAAAUUAUUCCAAGUAUCUGAUUUUGAAUUUGUAGCAUAAUGUUGGUCACUUCAUUUGCUCUGGAACAAGUGGAUUUAUCUCAGUACACCUGUACUCAUUCUUAAAUAUUGGCAGGCUAAAUCAUACUGACAAUAAAGAUUCAAUUACAUAUCUAGUAGGGCUUUUUGCAAUAGCAUUAUCUCAUAUUUUGCAGGUAGGAAACUCAUUUUGUAUUCCUCCGUUCAUAUGUGAAUGGGCAAGAGUGAGUGUUUUUGUAUUCUGUUGUGUACUAAAGUUCAUGUUUGGUGAACUCUAACUUGAAAAUUUGUAUGGUGUGAAGAUGCUUGACCAGUGAAACUAAAUAUCACAGAUUACUGGCUGAAAAUCAAACAUGGAACAAACUUAUUUCUCAAUUCAAUGAAGGUUUAAAAGAAUGCAACCUGUAAUUAAGAAGAGAGGCUGCAUGGUUUGCAUUGUCACAGAAAUUUGAAUUUAUUAUUUUGGAUAUUUAUCACUAAAUAUAUAAUAUUAUUAUUAAGAAAUUUAAUUAAUGUAACACUUUACAGAAAGGUUCAAUUUGUUAACAUUAGUUAACACGAACUUACAAUGAACAAUACUUUUACAGCAUUUAUUAAUCUCGGUUAAUGUUAAUUUCAACAUCUACUAAUACAUUUUUAAAAUCAAAAGUUGUUUUUGUUAAUGUUAGUUAAUGCACUAUGAACUAACAAUGAAUAGUUUUAAUAGCUAACAUUAACAAAGCUUAAUGGGGGGCCUGGGUAGCUCAGCAAGUAAAGAUGCUGACUACCACCCCUGGAGUACGCUAGUUCAAAUCCAGGGGCAUGCUGAGUGACUCCAGCCAGGUCUCCUAAGCAACCAAAUUGGCCUGGUUGCUAGGGAGGGUUUAAAAAAAAAAAAAAAAAGAUUAAAAAGUAUAUUGUUUAUUGUUUGUUCAUGAUACCUAAUGCAUUAACUAAUGUUAACAAUGGAACCUUAUUGUAAAGUGUUGUAAUUAUAAUUUUUUAUGUAUUCGAAACAGUCCUAGAACAUGACAUCAUUUCCUUUUUGCCCAUAGUAUUCAUUGUAGGUCUAAAAUGAUUUUGUGUACUUAAAAAAUCUAGUGUGAACACCUUAGUAACAUAUUAAUAACACAUUUGCAUAUCAUGAUUUUGAAUUAUUUUGUAUGUUAAUUAGCAUCUGAUUUAUUAUAUUAAGAAUAACAAUUCUGCUGCAAGGAAUUAAAGGAAUAUUCUGGGUUCAAUACAAGGUGAAGUUAAUCAACAGCAUUUGUAGUAGAAUGUUGAUUGCUAAAAUUAAUUAAUUUCGACUUGCCCCUACUUUUCUUUAAAAACAUCAGAAAUCUGGGUUACAGUGAGGCACUUACAGUACAAUGGAAGUGAAAGAGGGCCAAUCCGUAAAUGUUAAAAUACUCACUCUUUCAAAUGUAUAGCCACAAGACAUAAACAAUACUGUAUGUGUGUUAACAUGUUUUGAGUGUGAUAAAGUCACUUACUAACCUUUUCUGUGUAAAGAUAUAGCCAAUUUUACCACUUUGUUGCCAUUGUGACACAAACCCUAAAACUAUGGUAAAAAUGACAAUUUAAACAACGUACAACUCAAAUAAUACACGUUCUAAUUUAUAAUAAAAUUAUAAGCUUCACAUUUCUGCCUUUAAACCCUCCAAAAAUUGGCUCCAUUCACUUCCAUUGUAAGUAGCUCACUUUGCUUUUUUUUUUUUUUUUUAAGAAAAGGAGGAAUGAGUUUAUUAUUAUUAUUAUUAUUAUUAUUAUUAUUAUUGUCGUAAUGAAUAUUAUUCCACAAAAAAUGUCAAUUGAGAUUAAUUUGAGAUUAAUCUGGAAUAUUCAUUUAACAAUGUGACAGAAUUCUUUAACGUGUAGUUUUUUUUUUUGUUUUUUUUUUUAAGAUGUCCUAAGAUUUCUCCUGAAAAAAAAAAAAAAAAAAAAAAUGCAUGCAAAAUAAGCCAUGCCCACAGUUUAACUGCUUCUCUUCUUCUUUUUAUUGAAAACCGACUUUGUGCGUCACUGCCAAACAGUCUGCAACAAACCAGCACUUAAGGCUGACAUAAUGCUCGCUAGCCUGCCAGUCACUGAGGCCACUCAACGUCUAUUAAACCUGAGUGUCUCACCACAGGUCAGCUCAUGACUCAGAGCACACUACAGGAUCACUCACCGGGGGGGGGGGGGGGGGGGUGAGCAUUUCUUAGAAUUAAAUAAUGUAGUGAAUACCUUUUUCCCAUCUCUGACCACUGUAGAUAUGGAUAAGCACAGAUAAUGUCAAAGACCGUUGUGUAGCUAAAGGGACCGUCACAGCUGGAUUGUCUGGCUGCAUAAUCUAAAAUGCAAAGUUUUGCAGUGGAAAUCAGACCUGUGUGAAAUAAUCAUUUAAAUAAUGAGGUUAACACUUUAUAUGUUGAAAUGUAUAAAGCUCAUGUUACUUUGAGCCUACAUGGGGGAGUCUUAUUACGGAAAUGCUGAUUGUUGUUUCCACCUCUCAUUGUGCCUUGCUGUUUGGCUGAUCAUUAAUAGACACUUGUUUUCUGCAGUCUGAGUUCAUGAUUACAUAUAUGCUUUUGUCUUACACAGAGUGCUUGAGCAGAUGUCCAUGCUGAAUGCAAAGAACAUGGAAGGCACUUUUCAUGAAUAUGGUACACUUCGGUGUCCUAUUGUUUUUUGUUAACCGUUAGGGGCAUACAUUUUUAUUUAAUUUUUUUUUUAAGAACUGUUAAAUAUGUGAGAGAAACUAUUAUCUUACAUAAAUUUAACCAAACAAAAAGUGAUUUUGACCUGUCCCACCCACCUCAGUGGUCUUUACCUCCUUGUCUGUAUCCAACAAUUAAUAUCAUAAAGCAAUGUCAUAUUUUGAAAAUGUGUUAUUCAAUUAAUAAUAAAAAAUAAAAAAAAAUCAUUAAAAAAAUAUUAUUUACCAAAAUUAUAUCUAUCUGUCUUACAUUUUUCGUGCUACCCUCCACAUGAUUUCCCCACUAUAUAUAUAUAUAUAUAUAUAAAGUAACAUUCCUUAAAAUUGUGAAAGGAAGUAAUAUCAUUUGGACCCUUUAAACAGCAUGCAGUGAAGACAAGUAAAUAAUUUCAUUCCAUUUGCCAACUAUGUAAAUAAAAAAUGAUUAAACAAAUGUUUUUCUUAAAUUUGUGGGAAAAAUGCUCUAGGUUUAUUUUUAUUUUUUAAUUAAUUUAAUUAAUUCAUUUGUUUAAAGUUAUUUCAUUUAAAUAUUUAUUUUUAUUUUUGGAUUAUUUUAUAUUUACUCAUUAUGUUUAUAUAAUGUUUAUUGCUAAAAUAUUUUCUAGCAAAAAUGGCAAAGCUCAUAUAAAAUGAAUAGACAAUAAAAAAAAUAAAAUAAAAAAAAAAAACAGAUGAAAUAUUUUGUCAGAACACGAGAGGUCGACGAUCAGCAUUUUCUGGAGGUUAAGCACCUUUCACUGACCAUUUGCUGAAACAAAGUUUUAGGCCCCAUUUUGCACCCUAUUUGUGGAAAGUGCUGGAAAGGUUUUUAUCAUUUGAUUUAAGAAUAGAGUCUUUUUUUCAGUUACUUAGUUAGUUAGAGCAAUGAUGGACUGGUAUUUAACAGAUGCAAUCUUUUACAAUCAGGCUGUACACUACAUCACAAAAGGGCUGAAUAUUAACCGAGAAACUUUAAUGCUGUGUCAUGUCCUGGUUAGCAAAGAGCAAAUGAAGGACAUUUGUUGAGAUAGUUGAGAUGGAUGUAAAGAGGUUGUAAAAGUCAUGCUAAAAUGGAAUUGCCCUUUAUUUCAUGUUAAAAAGCUUCACAACCACAUUGGAAUUGACACUGAGGUUAAUGUGUUUGUGUCUGUAACUGGUUCGUUUUAAACAUACGAUUUUAUACCAUUUCAUUUCGAAAAUGAAUACCUCAAAUAACUAAGAUAAUUAGAAACCUACUGUUAUAACUGAAAUAAUUGCUAUUUGUUUAUUCUGGUAAUUGAUAUGGAUAUGCUGAUGGUAUGCUAUAGUAUCAUUCUGUUCUAUGAUAUGAUAUUGUCAUAUUUUUCACAUAAAGCCAGAGUAGUUACACAAUAACUUGAUAUUUGUAAGUAGUAGCAUCAUAGUUGCUGAUAAGACCAAGUUGUCCAGUUCAGUGGUCUACAUUGUAAAUCAUAUAGAUGAAGCAUUGGAAAUCAAAAUGAUACAUGUCAAACAAUCCCUGCACAAGCUUAACUCAUAUCAAGAAACUGAGUAUCAUUUAUUAAAUCGUUAUUUUUGUGAUCCAGGUUUAUUUAAAAAGUGUCGAAUGUAGUAGUCAGUUAGUCAUAAUACUGUUUUUACCUCAGUGUACUCUUUAUUGGGGAUACAAAAUAAAGCUUUUGGGAAACAGAGAGAACUCUUUGGUAGAUCCCACUGCCCAUGGGUUACAUUUAAUACACUAAGGUUUCAUAUUCUGUGUCACAUGUUUUUAUGUGCAAGUUGAAAGUUUAAGCACUGUUGUAUUGUUCACAUCAACUUAUUUACAAUAAAUGUCUCUUCUCUA